AUGCGCAAACUUUCAAUGUCCACCGCUGGGAUGAAGAGUUGGCUGAAUGUUGGGAGCGUAUUCCUCAUGCUGCUAAAACAGUACUGUUAUGCGAGGAUUUGCUUAUUCGAAACUGGCCUGGAGGAGGCUUUCCUUCAGUCACCCGUGGCUAGAGUAGAGAUUCUUCGAAAAUGCCUUGCAUCCAUCAAGGCGCUUUACAACACAUUCCUCCCAAUGACUCUUCAACCGCUAGUUUUGGUGGACCUGCCAUCGCAUUUAUUUGCUCAGUCAAACCAUGCGAUGUCCAUCGGUAUCCAGUUGAGUUCCGUUCGAUGCGAAGGUUGGUCUGGCAGCAUGGUAGAGGACGAAUUACAAAUGAUGGAUGUCCUCGAUAGCUCAAUAAAGAGCAUGGACAACACUUUAAAGACAAUACAUCAAUUGCCAUUCCAACUUCCCGAGUUCUUCAUCAGGGUUACUCCUUUAGGUAAGGAGAUUAGGAAAUGGUAUGCAGCAAAUCUCCGGGCAAUUGAGAGUUCUGAGCCUAGGGGUGUCGAGGACGAGUCGGAUAUGCAAGGAAAUGAAUUGGAUCUGGAAUUCCUUGGCCAGUUCUUGGAUAUGGAUGAUAAUCUGUGGCUCCAAAGUAUGCUGGUUACGGAUGAUAGCCAGAUGGGAAAGCAGUCGACAUCAUUCUGA